AGGGAGCCCUUCCUCUAACCUUGAUUUCAAACAUGCAGCGUUCUCUCUUGCUUAAUGCACUCGUCUCCAUGGUGGCUCUUGCGGUAGCAUACCCCAUGCCAGGAGUGAUUACGGGUUCCUCCGUAGCAAAGCGCAAAAAUGAGGCGGCCAGUGGUGUGUACUUCCCGAUUAGCUACGACGAUGACAAGAAGCGCUCCGAGGAUGAGGCUCUUGGGGUCUACUUCCCGAUUAGCUAUGACGACGACAAGAAGCGCUCCGAGGAUGAGGCUCUUGGGGUCUACUUCCCAAUUAGCUACGACGACGACAAAUAGGCCAUGAGCACCAGGAAUGUUCCGUAUUACACAGCAGUGGCAGAGAAGAUGCAGCACUAACACAAGUUGGGGAGAACCGGAAGGUAUCCACUAUUGUUGAGCGAAAGUGGGGCCACCCUAGCAAAUGUUGAGAAC